GUUGGCAGACGGACGUGAUGUCCGCCACUAGACCUGCCGCAGGUUCCUUCGCCGGUUCUUCCCUUCUUCUCCCUAGCCAGGCAGCCAUGGACGAGAUGGAGGAAGAGUUGAAAUGCCCAGUGUGCGGCUCCUUCUACCGGGAGCCCAUCAUCCUGCCCUGCUCGCACAAUAUCUGCCAGGCUUGUGCUCGGAACAUCCUGGUUCAAACCCCCGACGCCGAGUCCCCGCAGAGCAGCCGAGCUUCCGGGUCCGAUUACGACUACUUGGAUUUGGAUAAAAUGAGCUUGUACAGCGAGGCGGACAGCGGCUACGGCUCCUACGGGGGCUUCGUCAGCGCCCCCACCACCCCGUGCCAGAAGUCCCCCAACGGGGUCCGGGUGUUCCCCCCGACCGCCCCCCAGCAGCACCACUUGCUCCCGCAGCCCGCCUGCCCGACCCCCAUCCCCCGCAACGCGUGCCUCACAUGCCCGCAGUGCCACCGCAGCCUCAUCCUGGACGAGCGGGGGCUCCGCGGCUUCCCCAAGAACCGCGUCCUGGAGGGGGUGGUGGACCGCUACCAGCAGAGCAAAGCGGCCGCCUUGAAGUGCCAGCUGUGCGAGAGGAGCCCCCGGGAGGCCACCGCGAUGUGCGAGCAGUGCGACGUCUUCUACUGCGAGCCCUGCCGCCUGCGGUGCCACCCUCCCCGGGGACCCCUGGCCAAGCACCGGCUGGUGCCCCCCGCGCAGGGCCGCAUCAGCCGCCGCGCCAGCCCCAGGAAGAUCUCGACGUGCACGGAGCAUGAGCUGGAGAACCUCAGCAUGUACUGCGUGCAGUGCAAGACGCCGGUGUGCUACCAGUGCCUGGAGGAGGGCAAGCACGGCACCCAUGAAGUCAAGGCUCUGGGGGCCAUGUGGAAACUACACAAGGGCCAGCUGUCUCAGGCUCUCAACGGACUCUCCGACCGAGCCACCGAGGCCAAAGACUUCCUGGUUCAGCUGAGAAACACGGUGCAGCACAUUCAGGAGAACGGCGUGGAGUUCGAGGCGUGUCUGGUGGCGCAGUGCGACGCCCUCAUCGACGCUCUCAACCGGCGUAAGGCGCAGCUGCUGGCGCGCGUCAACAACGAGCAUGAACACAAACUGAAGGUGGUGCGGGAUCAGAUCUCUCACUGCACGGUGAAGCUGCGCCAGACCACCGGCCUGAUGGAGUACUGCUUGGAGGUCAUCAAGGAGAACGACCCCAGCGGUUUCCUCCAGAUCUCGGACGCGCUGAUCCGGCGGGUUCUGAUGACGGAGAGCCAGUGGGGGAAAGGAACGCUCACUCCCAGGAUGAGCAGCGACUUUGACCUGACGCUGGACAGCGCCCCCUUGCUGCAGACCAUCCACCAGCUGGACUUUGUGCAGAUGAAAGUGCCGGCUGCCCCCAUGCUCCAGCUGGAAGAAUGCUGCACUGAGAAUAACAGCGCCACGUUGUCAUGGAAACAGCCUCCGCUCUCCACCAUCGCCGUGGAUGGAUACAUCCUGGAACUGGACGAUGGGGAUGCGGGACCUUUCAGGGAAGUGUACGUCGGCACGGAGACCAUCUGCACGGUGGACGGCCUCCACUACAACAGCACGUACAAGUCCAGAGUGAAGGCCUUCAACGCCAGCGGGGUGGGCCAGUACAGCAAGACGCUGGUCAUGCAGACGUCUGAGGCUGGACUCCCCCCCUGUGACAUACAGUCUAUAGGCGCAGUAGCGUGGUUCACCUUCGACCCCGCCUCGGCCCACCCGGACAUCGUCUUCUCCAACGACAACCUGACGGUGUCGUGCAGCGGCUACGACGACCGCGUGGCCGCGGGCAACACCGCCUUCUCCCGCGGCGUGCACUACUGGGAGAUGACGCUGGACCGCUACGACAACCACCCCGACCCCGCCUUCGGGGUGGCGCGGGCCGACGUGCUGAAGGACGUGAUGCUGGGCAAGGACGACAAGGCGUGGGCCAUGUACGUGGACAACAACCGCUCCUGGUUCAUGCACAACAACUCGCACACCAACAGGACGGACGGCGGUAUCAGCAAAGGCUCGACCAUCGGCGUGCUGCUGGACUUCACGCGCGGGAUCAUCAUCUUCCUCAUCAACGACGAGCAGCAAGGUCCCGUGGCCUUCGAGGGCUUGGAGGGCCUCUACUACCCCGCCAUCAGCCUCAACCGAAACGUGCAGGUCACACUGCACACUGGCCUCCCCAUCCCUGAUUUCUACACACCCGGGGAGGUAGAUCCCAACAACGCUAUGUGCUAAAAGCCACAACUCCUGUUAGCGCCACCUUCUGGACACAGCCGUCCUCCUCCUCCUCCAUCACGCCUGGCCUUGGACACAUGAAGCAUCAACAACAUACGAGACGUCAGUGCUUCACCAAACUGCCAUUUAGCAGAGCGAGCGGUUCAUAUUAUUAUUAUUAUUAUUAUUAUUAUUAUUAUUAUUAUUAUUAUAUAUAAUAUAUAUUAUUAUAAUAUGGGGCAGUGGGUAAGGAGACAAGCACAAUAACGUACUGAAUGACAUGAGAUGUGCUGUUGUGUAUAUUUCUAUAGGUGUAUAUUUCUACUUGAUGGUUGUGGCGUAGCGUGUGUGAGCUUUGUGUGAGUGGGUGUGUGGACGAAACAAAAGCACAGUGGCAAACAAAGGUUUAUUAUUUGUACUUUUUUCUAAUAUUGUCACUGAAAACAUUUUAAAGCUGCAAGUAUUUACCGUACAGUAGAUUAAGUGGGAUUUCGGGGGCUUGCACGGGAUGACCAGAGAGAGCGUUGCCCAAUUUAAAAGGAAUUUUCAUAAUAUUAGGUACACCUGCAGUGGUCCACGACGUGACAAACGCAAUGAUGCAGACUUUUGAGGAGCGUUAGCGACUUUUCUUAAUAUUUUGACCUUCCCAUGCCGAAUAUUGAAAAGCAGCUCUCAGUUUCCAGGCAGUCCAGUUGUACACGACUACAACUACAGUAAUUAACAUGUAUUUGAGGGGAGACCUUGGACAUAUUUGUCAACAAUUAAAAACACAUCAGCCGUAGCUGUUAAUGCUAAUGUUUUUUGAUUCGACGCUAAUUAAAGACCAUGUGCGCGUCAACUAUAGCACAGUUUGCCAUUGAUUGAAUUGAGCGUUAAUUAGGGCAUGUGAGGUAAUAAAGUGCAGCGCAGUUAAGACUAAAUGCAUUGCACCACUUCUUUCGAUUCCAAAUCAAUUUUUUUUUUAAAUAAAUUUUUAAAAAAUUAUGAUUAUUUUAAUUCACAUUUAAUCAUGAUCCUUUUUUUAUUCUGACUUUGACUUCUGAAUUGUGAUUCACAUACAAUCACGAUUCUUAAUUUUGAUUCAAAAUCGGUUAAUUUUCCAAAGUCCAUUUUUUUAAAAAGAAUAAUUUUUAUAAUAGUACAUUUUGAAGUAUAUAUAGAUAUAUUACAUGUUUUUUAAAAUGUAUUCUUAUGUGU